GAACAUACAAAAAGUAAUCAACAAGAGAAACUUACCUGCACUGAGAAUAGAAGAUUGAAUAUUCUUUUAUUGAAACUACUAACACACAGCUAUAUUUUUAUCAUUUUAUAAAUAUAUUAAAAAAUGUCUGAUAAUAAAAUAGUUACUACUGAUAUCCUGCUGGAAUUUCUAGAAGUAGCAUUUAAUCACAUUCUGUUCUUCAGAAAUUUAUAUCCCAAGGAAAUAUUUGUGAAAAAGAAGAUAUACAGCAUAUGUGUAUAUGUGUCUGAACAUCCUGAGCUCAAUGAAUACAUAAGAAAUGUGUUAAAUGCAAUCAGAGAAUUGAUAAAAGAGGAUGAAAAUAGUGUUAGAGCGGUAAACCUGGUCUUCUAUAACAAAAAGAAAGAACCAAUCGAAAAAUUUGUCUUUGAUCUUGUUAAAUUGCAAGCAAAUAGCACAGAAAAAGAUCCAUACUAUCUAAAAACAGAAGAAUCGUUGAGAACAAUUUGUUUGAAACUAUCCAUGUGUGAAUCUUAUUUAAAACCAUUGCCAGAAGAUUCAUCUUUCAUCAUUGAAAUUAAAACAUAUGAAACUGCUCAUGUAACUUUAAAUGAAAAUCCUUGUUGUGAAGAUUUUCCAUGGAUUAUCAAUGAAGAUGUCCCUGAUAUGACUAACAAGAAUUUACUUCCAUUGAAAACUAUAAAAACAGAAUGUCUAAAUUUGCAGAUGUAUGUUAUUGAAGAUGAAAAUAAGAAAUGCAUAAAUUAAUUAUAAUUAUAUGUAGCAAUAGAUUUUAUAUUUACAUUAUGAUCAUUAAUAACUAUCAAUAUCAGUUGUAAAAUAUUUAAUGUUAAUGUAAAAUAUCUAAGAUUGCAAAAAUCUA